UAGGCAAAGAAAUCAGUUUAACAGCUGCGUUCGAAGUGUUCUAAAGCUAAAAAGUGAUCCGGAAUAAAAUAAAAAAAUCCGUUUUCUUUUCUAAAUUUUCAAAGAAAUCUGCAAAAUGCCAGCUCGUUCUAAUUUUCAAGGGGGCCAACCGAUAAGGAAGCGCAGGAUGACCAUAGGCGGAGCUGACUCUUUUUCUGUUCACCUUGAAGAGAAAAUCAAGAAGGGGAAAUUUUUCGAAAACAUUGGUAAAGAAUUUGGUAAAGUGCAGCUCAGACGUCCGCCGAAUAAUCAAAUGUUUGAAGAAAGCGAUGCUCGUGACUGGAACGACGGCAAUUUUAGGGGGCAAUUCGAUUUGGGUCGCAAAAUACCAAGUCCACCAACAGCACCGCCACCACCACCCGCACCCUUUAAUCUGGAUUGGGGAUCCAGUUUUGGGCGCUCCGUGUUCCAGGGCUUUCUCAAUCAACCCAAUGAGCUUAUGCCAAAUCAAAGUUUCCAGCACGAAAAUCGCAGUCCAAAUGAUUUACGCAAUAUGGAGUUUCGCCGCUAUGAAGUACCUCAACCUCGCAUGGAUAUGGAACGCAGCAUGAAUGAACCUCGCUUUGGUAAUAACAAUCCACGCAUGAAUGUGGAACGCGAUAUGAGUUUUGAAUUGGAUUUCUUAGAUCCACAAUCUCAAAACAAUAAUGACAGCUCUAACUUUGAACGCCAAGAGCUUAGUCAUGAUGGCAAUAAUCAUGGUGGAGGUGGAGGUGGAGGUGAGCCAAUCCAACGAGGUCCUCAGGUAUUUGACACGGUUUUUUUUAUUGGGGACUUUAAAAUGCCCUACGUGAGCUAUGAAACUUCUUUAUGGCGGGAGCGGUCCUACGCCGUGCGCCAUUUUAAGAGGUCGCCCGACUUUAUCAUUAGAGAAAAGUUUUCCAAACAGUUGCCGAUAGUCCAGCACAUCUACAACGAUAUGAUGGAUAUCAGUGAUCUGAGCGAUGAUUCGAAUGGCCGUCUCACCGUUUUCUCCAGCAGCCGUUUUCGCAACAAGCUGUGCCUUGAGUGGACCAAGAUCUACCGGGCCAGAGACUACCGAUCCUGGGAGGGGUGGUGGAGGGAUUUCAGGAACAUCGAUGUCGACAUCAAAGAGCAGUUGAAAAAUUUCGAUUGCUUCAAUGUGAAGUACAACUUCAUGAUGCCUAAAGGUGCUUCCGCGGCCAGCGAUCUGGUCAAUCGGGCCCUCAGCGCACUUCAAAAAAAUCGUAACAACUAUCUGGGCAACAUGAAGGUCAUGUACACCAUCAUGGACCACAAUUUUCUUGGAAACCUCUCCUUGGAAACUACCGCAAAGCUGCAGGACGCCAUCCGAUCUGUGCCCAAUCACCUGUGGGUCUUCAAGUUGCGCUCCAUGAUCUACAUGUGGUACAACUACAGCCAGGUGAUUAAAACCAAUAACACUGGCGAUGGGAUGUACCAGGCGGUGCUCAAGCAGUGGAAAAGCCCUGUCAUUCACUGGCUGGCCAAGCAGGCCUUCAUGGAGCUGAAGAGCAUCAGCAAGCUAGAGUUUCCCCAAUUCUCCGAAAUCUUCGGCAGAGCCAGUGGUGGUGGCAAUGGGAAAGAAUAAUAGCAAACAUAUAAUACUAACAAAAAUAUACUACAUGGAUCGAGGCCAAUCGAACAAAAGUAAACCAUCCUUAUGUCAAGUAAAUCUAUAUUCCAAGACCCGUCGCAAUUUAUUCAGCUCCACUUGCAUAAAGCUGUUUAAUUUGUUAUACACAAAGUGCACCUGAGCCUCUGGGCUGAGAGGCAGUACCACAAAAAGAUAAAUAUAUAUAAAAACAGAAGGAAAAACAGGCGAAGGCAAAUGAAUAAACCAACAGCGCCGGAAAAUGACGAUACAAAC